AUGGGAACUAUCAUAAAUAAAGAGCCCUCUGAGGAGGAGGUCGACCAGGAUCCUUCCGAGGAGGAGGCCGACGAGGAUCCCUUCGAGGAAGAGGCCGACCCAGAUCCCUCCGAGGAGGAAGCCGACCAGGAUCCCUCCGAGGAGGAAGCUGACCAGGAUCCCUACAAGGAGGAGGAGGAGGCCGACCAGGAGCCCUCCGAGGAGGAGGCCGACCAGGAUCCCUCCGAGGAGGAGGCCAACCAAGAUCCCUCCAAGGAGGAGGCCGACCAGGAUCCCUCUGAGGAGAAGGCCAACCAAGAUCCCAUUCCUGAUAAGGUCGAAGCAGAACCCGACCAACCCUUUAUGGGAGAUAACCCCAUGGAACGAAGAUUUAAUGAAGAUGAUAAAAUAAAUGUAGAGGAUGUAUGGAAAGAACAAGAUGGCAGAGAAGGCCAGAUAAGGGACACCGAGUACAUGAAAAGUACGGCAAAGUCUCCAGUAUCCAGCCAUUGGCCUACUGAAGUACCUACAGUGCUCCAUCACUUGACACAACACAACCACAAAAUUGCCACCAACUCUUCAAAUAUACUCCAUUAA